AUGGAGCGUGGCGUACUCAUGAUGUUGCUGCUCGCCGCUUGCUCGGCCGCUCCCGUUGAGCAGAGUCCAAACCAGGAGCAGGCCGCUGCACACGCCCAUGAGGCCCUGAGGUGGAUGGAGAUGUACAGGUUGUACCAGCAGCAGGGGAUGGUUGCCAACCCCUUUCUUCCUGCUGCAGAAGCUCCCGCUGAACCUGCAGCAGCAGAAACCGAAGCAGUGGUGGACGCGGCGCCGGCUCAGCCAGCCACUGACGCUCCUGCUCCUGCUGGUCCUGCUCCUGCUCAGUCGGCUGGAGAAGCAUCAGAGGAAGAGACAGAAGAGGCCAACCCUGCCCCAAAAUCUGCUGGCCCUCUAAACUCUGAUGAGGAGGAGGAGGCAGAAGAAACAGAAGUAGCAGAAGAGGAGAAGGGAGCUGUGGCAGAAGCGCCCGCAGAGCCUGCCUCAGCAGAUCCUGCAUCUGCUGUCGACGUGCCAGCCGAGGUCAACGAGGCUGCGGGGGUGGAUGCCUCACCAGCAAAUGCCGCACCAGUAGACGCUGCACCAGUAGACGCUGCACCAGUAGACACUGCACCAGUAGACACCCCUGAAGCUGCUGCACCCCCAGCAGCACCUGAGACUGACACUGUGCCAAAGUAA